CCACAUACAAACUCACCAGGGGCUCCUGAUAAAGUUUACAUCAAUUCCAGCCAUGAAGCUCUGUGCCAACGAAGUACUUCACCAUGUUCAGCUGACAUCUUCAAGAACCACUCUCAAGAAAGUUCUUCUGAUGCCAUUCUUUCUGUUCCUGAUGCUGAUCCCUCUUCCUUUCUUCAGAAACUCACAUAAUAACCAGCCGUCGUCCUCAUCUUCUCCUGAGAUGAAAAAGAGCAGUGACAUGAUGAUGAAGAGAUGCGAUGUGUUUUCUGGCAAAUGGGUUCCGAAUCCAAGAGGGCCAUACUACGAUGAUCGCAGCUGCCAUUCAAUAAUAGAUCAGCAAAACUGCAUCAAGUCUGGGAGACCUGACAGAGAGUAUCUCAAGUGGAGAUGGAGGCCUGAUGAGUGCGAGCUUCCAUUGUUUAAUGCAGCCCUGUUCUUGAAGCUUGUCAGAGGAAAAUCUAUGGCUUUUGUUGGAGACUCAGUGGGGAGAAACCAGAUGGAGUCUCUGUUAUGCCUCUUAGGUCGUGUGUCGCACCCUAAGGAUAUUUCUCUGACGCAAACAUCAGACACAAGAUAUUUCAGAAGACACUUAUAUGCUAAAUACAAUUUCACUCUCACAGCUCUCUGGGCCCCAUAUCUGGUGACGACAAGAGAUGCUGAAAACACCAUUCAUUCUUACAACAGCCUCAUGAACCUGCAUUUAGAUCAGCCAGAUGAAGCUUGGACCACUCAAAUAAAAAAUUUCGACUAUGUGAUCAUCUCAGCUGGCCACUGGUUCUUUCGUCCAACACUGUACUAUGAAAAAGGUCAAAUAGUUGGAUGCACCAGCUGCAAUAUGAACAACAUAACAGACUUAACAAGCUACUACGGCUACAAAAUGGCAUUCCGAACAGCUUUUAGGACUCUUCUGAACCUUGAAGGGUACAAGGGGGUGACAAUUUUGAGGACAUUUUCACCCUCUCACUUCGAGAAUGGCGAGUGGAACACGGGAGGGAGUUGUCCAAGGACAGCGCCGUUUAAGGAGGGCGAGGCAAAGCUACAGUGGUUUGUUCAAGAAAUGUAUUUGAGUCAGGUGGUAGAGUUUAGAGCAGCAGAGAGAGAAGGGAGAAAGAAGGGUUUGAGGUUUUGGUUGAUGGACACAACUGAGCUAAUGCUGCAGAGACCUGAUGGGCAUCCUAAUAAGUAUGGACGUUCAAAGGAUAAGAAUUUGACUGUUAAUGACUGUGUUCACUGGUGCCUGCCUGGCCCUGUUGACACGUGGAAUGAGUUUUUGCUCUAUAUGAUGAGAGUGGAAAGUCAGAAAUCCCCUAGUUCAAUGCUGUAGAGAUUUUUUUUGGAACAUUAAAGUCUAAAAUGUGAAAUAUAUUCUGUUUUAUCUACUAGUUUUAGGCUUAAUGGGAGGGAUAGUUGUCUCUGUUCUUCAUUGUGGAUUUUGGAACAUAAAUGCCAUAAAAUAUACCAUACUGUAUCCUA